CAAAACCAACGCUUGACAAAAACUUUGCUGUUUGUAUCCGCCAAUUCUGUUCUUUCCUGGCUUCCUUUAGUCAUUGUUAACUAUCUGAUUGCUAUCCAGCGGUUCGAUAUCGCACAAUUGUUUGUAGCUGUCAUAAAUAUUCUUAAUCUUUCCAACUCCAUUUUAAAUCCACUUGUCUAUGCAUUAAGAAUCCCUGAGUUUAGGCAAGCACUGCGAUUUUCGUAUUGUUCACGACGCCAGGCCGUAAUAAAUAGGCCGCGUAUAGAAAGAACGGAAAUAUGGUUGCCGUUUUGACGCCUGGCUUGCAGCUGAGAACGUUACAUCCUGAUUACAGUCAAGUACAGCAGAACUUCGAACAAAAGACAAUGGACACUAAGUUAUGACCAAACCGCCCGUUGCAUAUACAUUAUUUGAUAUAUAUUGUAAAUACACUAUGGACUAUUCGUUUCACGAAGGAACAACUGUUUUAGUAAAUAGCAACAGCGAGUGUGCCACCGCAAGCAUCAAUUCACCGAGACUGCCCGGCUUCUGAAAGUAAUGAAUGAAGUUCUUUGGACUAUUCACAGUCGGCAAGAAGUUGUUUUGUCAUCUCUCAGCGGCAUUUGAAACACUAGACCACACUAUACUUUUGGCCGGAGAGACUGAAUAGUUACUUCGGUUUUUCCCACACAGGGCUAAGAUGGUUUUCUUCUUAUCUUGCUGAUCGAACGCAAUCUGUUAUAAUUGGUAACACAAUAUCCAGCUGUCGGAGAUUAGAAUUUGGAGUUCUGCAAGGUUCGAUACUCGGUCCUUUCUUGUUUACUCUUUAUUCAAGACAUGAUCUCUGCUCGUAACCUAGACUGUAUGUUCUAUGAAGAUGAUUCUCAACUAUACAUUACAGUUGAUCCUCUUGAUCAACGUCCUGCCUUAAACACCCUUCAGAAGUGUAUUUAGUGAAGUUAUAGAAUUGAACACCAUCAAUAAGUUAGUGUGCAAUCUUAGUAAAAUAGAGUUCAUUCAGUUUAGUUCUCGUUUUGUCAAGAACCCAAUUCUUAGUGAUUUUUUGAUUGGCAACUCUAGAGUACAACCAUCAGACCGACGUUGUAAUCGUGGUGUCAGCCUAGGUAGAGAGCUCAAUGUUAGUCAUCAUGGUAAUGGAACAUGCAAAAAGGCUAUGCUGGCGAUUCAAGUUAUUGGCAGAUUGAGGAAGUAUCUGAGCAAGGAUCACCUUAACAAGAUGGUCAAUGCGUUUUUUAUGUCUCGCUUGGAUUAUUGUAGCAGUUUGUAUUGUGUCUAACCUAAGCGAGAAAUAGUCAAGCUGCAACGUGUUCAUAACUGUGCCCCACGCUUGGUUUCAGGAAUAAGAAGAUUUGACCAUGUAACUCCUGUCAUGAAAGACAUGCACUGGCUUCCUAUUGGUGCACGCAUCGAUUUUAAAAUACUGCUUUAACAUUUAGAAUUUUAAAUGAUUUAGCUCCUUACUAUUUGUCUUCACUCCUUCUCAAAUACCAGCCGACUCCUUUACUCUGCUCAUCUAAUGGACUGCUUCUACAAAUUCCUUCUGUUAAUACCGUGACUUACAGGCACCGCUCAUUUUCAUAUUAUGCAACGAAAAUCUGGAACAGUUUACCUGAUCAUAUCAAAUACUCUGAAUCUAUUUCCACUUUUUAAAAACAAUUACUGUACAUAGUUCUUUUAGUUUUAAUUUACUGCUGUAAGCGCAUUGAGAAUUGCUUUCAAUGCGCCACAAAAAUUAACCCAUUUGAAUAGUAGAAAAAUACAAGCACUUAAAUCUUUCCUUGGCGUUUUAAUAUUUAUCGUUACCUUUUCCUUUGUUAGUAUCUGAUCGAAAAAAGAAUGACAAGGAUUACAAAGUGAGACAUAUACUACAAUAUAUGAAAAAAACGCUGGUGAUAAAAUUCAGUUACUUUUGGUUUGUUGCUUUUGAGGGUAUUUCUCUAAUGUAUUAGGUUGGGUAAUUAUAGAAUGUAGUUGUCAGAACCAAUUUUAGCGGUUUUUUAUUAUUCUUGCAUUUCAAUCUAAGUUCAUAAAUAGGAUUCAUAAUCAAUACUAUUGUUGCAUAAUUAGCUGUUUUGAAUCGUUGGGAAAUUUGCAUCAGCUUUUUAAUCUCAAUAAAAACUGAAAUCACAAAUGUCAUUGUGUUACUGACAGUGAUAUUAUAUUUUCUCUACAAAGUGAGGCAUCCGAUUACUUCGAGUCGUUUUCUCCUCUCAGCAACGUCUGAAUCGACCGGCCGUUAAUGCUCUCCAGUGACGUCAUCACUACCCGAAAACCGGGUAGUGAUUCUGAUUGGUUGAUUGUCUAAACAUUCGCAUAAUUAUGAGAAAUUUCAGCAGGAUUGUCGCUUGAUAAUUCAGCGGAUCACAUCCCUGGUAUGUUUGAGUGGAGUUCAAACAUUUCGCUAAUCUUUAUCGUAAAAAGCAAAACUGUCCUCGUCUUCGAAAUUGAAAUGUUAAAUUGAACUGCGAAUGAAGAAUCAGAAGCAGAGAGUCGGUAGCUUUUUCAUUUAGGGCCGCUUUGUGGUUUGGGCAGUGAUUUUGUUUAUACGAAGUUUCUGAGACCAGUGUUGUAAUUCGACCUUCUAGCUAUUUUCGCCGUCAGUUGUAAUGAUUCUGUUAGCUCUUCUUUCUUGUUUCCUUGUUUCCUUUUUUCUUCGUUAAGGACCAAGUAGCUUCUUUUCAAUAAAAGCAAAUCAUUGUGAGUAGUGGAUAAGGCACCGAAUUAACCUUUUUUUGCGGGGGAAUUUCAUUAACUUGCGGGGCAAUACAUUAACGCCGGUGACGUCAUACAUCUCAUUAAGAUAGGAUGAUGUCAUAGUUUAAAUUAAUGCCGAUGACGUCGUUCAUCCCAUUAAGAUAGGGUGAUGUCAUAGUUUAUUUAUGGCUGGCAAGGAGCAAGUGACGUCAGAAUUUCCUAGAGUUGAUGUCAUCAAAAAAUGUUGAGAUCAUAAUCUAUAAACAGAAAAGUGAUUUUUAUAUAAUUAGCUGUUUGCUAUAGUCUUUUAAUUAGAUAUUGUUUGCUAUAGUCUUCUGAUUGGAUAUUGUAGAAACUGUUAUGCGUUUAAAAUAAAAGCGGUCAAAUUUUGAACGUGUUAUCUUUGCAGAUUAUACUAAAUGAAAAAUCUUUAAUCAUUAAAUUAUUUUCACUAAAAAUCGGUUAUAAACAAAACCGAGACAUAGAGGUUAACUGAAAGAUCUUCACUUCAAAAGAAGGGAAAAGGAGGUUAAGAGAAUGCGAAAUCGUACUAAUUUUUCGGGCAAAACAUGAAAACGAGGUCGAAGCUCAGCGAAGCGAAAAACUGCCUAUCAAGCAAAAAUGUCAAUCUUUGUUUACUUGACUUUGUAGAAAGUAUUGCACAGUGGUUCUAAAGUAAAUCCUAACUCUUUUGGUUCUUGAAUAAACUCCAUUCUAGUAACUAAUAAGUGGAACGUCUAUUAAAAAAAAGAUAGGAACAAGAGGUGCGAUCGCCUAGCAACACAUGUCUUCUUAUUUAGCGCUAAAAACCGGAAAUAUAAACAAAACACACACACAUACACAAAGUGGAGCUGAAAACUCUCUAUUUCAAUUUUGACUCACCAUUACAAAAGCGUUUUCUCCGUUCUAUCUCGAGGAAACGACUAACUAUUGAAUUCUCAGCGCUUGAUGAGCUUAUGGUAUUGUCAAUUCACGCGCCGUUAGUCAGUUAAUUAUGCGGGUUAACAAGCCCAAAGUUGAAUACAAAUUAGUUGAUCUGUACAGCUAGACCCAAGGGAGCACCUUGACGUAUUAUUAUAUAAACAAUUUUAAAUAACUUAACAGGGAUCAAUUAAAACACGCGACAAAUAAAAUGACAAGACACGAGAUACAGUUUUAAAAACUUUAUUGAAAACCAGGGACGAAAAGAGUCAGAUACAUAGCGAUUUGAGAGAGAUGGAAAUUAAUCAUCUUUUUCACCCAUGGAGUACUUGUAGGAUCUAACUCGAAAUUUCUUAUGCCGAGUUCGUUUCCUCUGUUUGCCAUGAGCUUUAUGAUCAUCCAAAUAAUUUGCAAAUUCAAUCCGACGCCUUUUGCCCUUCGGGCCUUGUGAAGGGGUUUCUACUGUGGGAGGAGGGGUCAGGAAAGCAGGGUUUUUAGGGUAGUGGUGGGGUGGAGCUUUCUUUUCCAGGUUUUUGUAAGAUAGCCGCUUGUGUUAAUUAAGGUGUUACGUUGAAGGGGUUAAUGGGAGUGGAGAAUGCUGCCGUUGCUGUCGAAGAAUCAUGUGUGCUUGAUGUUAAGUCUGGAACAGUGCUGAUUAUUUCUUCUCGUCGUGUUCUUGUAUUUAAUUGUUCUUUAAAAGCCAGGUAUCUCUUUUGCAACUGAUCAUCAAAAACGAUCAAAUUCCGUUUGUUCACAUCAAAAUAGGAAUCCUGCUCCAAAGCCGUAGGAAUUCCCUUGACGAAUGCAGUGUGUAGCAUGGCGACUAGCAUUUCUGUAUACGCAAGCUGCCAUUGUGAAUAACACCAAACAAUCCUCUCCAGGGGAGGGUAAAUUGUCUCUGAAGCUUGUUGCAAUAGAGAUCGAACCCAGGCCGUUUUUCCGGACCCGAUCAUUCCGGCAAUUAUGGAGGUAAAAGGAUGCUCGAAUCGAAACCGCUGACAUUUCUGUGCGAGCGGAACUGUUUGAAAUGGGGUGAGGCCAACAUUGCGAUGUUUAGACAUUACGUGCCUUUGCAUGCUAUCCUUUCUACUAAAUGAUUUUUCGCAAACGGAACAGAACCAACUAAUGUCAACUCCUCAGGAGCAGAAUGCAGACUGAGAAAAUGGAUGCAUGUUUCGCAUUGAUAUAGUUUUGAAGGCUAUAAAAUUCUAUAGUUUUCCUCCACCACCACCAGAUUUCUAUUGUGUUCCUCCACCACCACCGCCGCCACAAUUCUAUUGUUUUCAUUCACCACCACCACCACCACAUUUCUAUUGUUUUCCUUCCACCAACAACACCACCACCACCACCACCGCCACCACCGACACAACCACAUUUUCAUUGUUUUCUUCCACCACCACAACCGCCACCACAUUUCCAUUGUUUUCCUCCACCACCACCACCACAUUUACUACUUUUUUUCAUCCACGACAUUCAAUAAAAGACUGCAAACUACUAUCAUAAGUUCAGUUUGUCGCAAUGUCUUAAGCUAUCAAGAACAAUCGUGGUUUUCUUCAAUUCUUAGCUGUUUGUUCAGCUCACCAGCAACAGUUUCUUUUACGGACAGCCAGUCCACAACAACUAGAUGCAUUAGUCCAAGUCUUACACAAGUGAAUCCUUGUACAAGAGGGUGAUGGUUUUAUUCAAGACCUAUUGGUACCUGCUGUUACAAGCCUAGGAUUUUUGAUGCUAUAAAAGAGGAAACAAAACUAUAAGUUACUCAUUUUAAGCUAAGUCUGCCACGAGUACUCAUCAAAAUGAAGAGAAAGAUAGAUUUGGUUGAAGAAGAACACGAGAGUGAACAUGAAGAAAGCGAAAGUUCUGGUGAUGAAAGCGAGGAUGAAGAACCAAGAAUAAAAUAUGUUUUGAGUCCUCUUUCCCAAGCAGUGUCGGAAAAGCGUGCUUCUGAUUUGCUGCAUAGUAUGGCCGCUUCCAAAGAUAUUCUUUUCUGGACUCCUAGCGGACAAUUACUUCGAAAUAGACCCACUAUUCCCGUCACAAACACCGCCGAGCUAGUUAAGUAUGUGUUACUCCCUCAUAACAAUGAGGUUAUCAAGCCUCGUGCGCUGAAUACGUUUCUAGAUGGACUUGCAGAGUUAGGAAUUGAUAAAGGUUUAAUCAAGAACAAAAAGUUGUUAAGUGAUUUAAUAGAAAAGGAAAGAGGCUACCGAAAUGUAGAAAAUACUUCCGAUAACGAGAGUAAUAAUGAGGAGAGUUCAUCGGAUAUUGAAAAUCAGGAGGAGGAGGAGGAACUGGUUUCUGAGAAUGGCGUUAAAGCUGAAGGCACCCAAGAGAGCGACAACGACACUGAAAACGAUAGUGAGGAAACAGAAAGUAGUAGCCCUGAAACGUCCACCACUUUUCACUCUAAAAGUCCCUGUGAACAUUGCGAAAACUCUAAUGUGUACUCUACAUUGAUCACGAAAUGUCCUAAAUGCUUUUGGUACGAUUACUACAAGAUUUGUCCUAUAUGCGAUGACCAGAUCCCCGAGGAGAGAAAUUAUCAAAGAGAGCUUUCUUCGGUGUCACGAUUGUGGAGCAAUCACACACAAAAACGCCAAGACGUUGGAAACCAAUUUUUAUUCACCUUCUAAAGAGGAGAACGAAGAAGAGGACCAAUUUCCAUCUCUUUCUUUUUUCGUCACUGGUUUUCAAUAAAGUUUUUAAAACUAAUAUAUAGAUUUAGCCAGGGCUAAAAGCGAAGCUCCCGUUAAUAAAUUCAUAAUUUAAAUCAAACAAUAAACUUGUAAUCCACAGAUCAGGGCACAUUCAUUUGACUUUUGAGGCAAAGGCAGAGUGAUUUUAGAGAAAAAUCAGAAUUUGACCGUCCAAGAGUGAAACAAAUUUUACAUCAAGUUAUUUGUACACCGAAAAAUAGCAAUCAUGGUCGAUCACAGUAGAUUAGGCCUCGAAAACAAAUAGACCUAUUCGUGUAUUGUAUUUGCAUUAGCUGUAGCAUCAAAUAAUCUGGCAUUCACCAGUCUCUCCAACAUUGCUCCGUUAGAGAGACUAUGGAUAAUUGGACAACCCCGAAAUAUAAUUUUAAGAAACACAUGCGCCACGAUAGUCCUUGGUGGCAGCCAAUUUACACGUUGCAUUCCUCUGUUUAAAAGAGAGGCCAAAAUAAAAAUCAGGCCGGAUUUUUGUGUUCGACAAGUUUAGUUUACUACUAAAUCUUGGCGACGAAUCUGGUGGCGUGUAAACCAGCCUUUUAAACAUACGUUUUCUCAUCACGUCUCAGGUAAACAGUACACAGACCUCGGACAGAGUUUGUUCUUUUUUGCCCUAUUUAAGAGCCAUUUUCUGAGAAAAUCGAGAAUCGCAAGACACUCGUCAAAAAAUCGAAUUUUUUAUUAUUUUGCCAAAACAUCCCUUUUAGUGACCUAAUUUAAGGAAAAAUAGUUUUGGGUUCAAACGAUUCAUUUUAAAGGAGAAAUUAAAAAAAGUUUGAAAAAUCGAUUUUAUUCCUGUUUUUCGAACAAAACACGGCAGGAUGCAAUGGCAACUUCGAGAGAAGGGUGAACGCGUGAGAAACAUUCCCUGACAUUGAAACUUCCCCGAAUUAUUAUUUUGUUCUUACUCUUGAAAACCUUAAAAGAAAAUUUGAAAAACAAUGUCUUAUAUUUUUAUAAUCGACAAGUCUAAAGAGGUCAUAUUUGUGACGUUGGACAUGCUAGAAAACGAAGGCCAACUUUGACUAUUAAAAAAGGCCUCUGGUAUAUGCUGCUUGAUCAUAAAAUCAAUAUAAAAUGGAACCUUGGCUUUUGUACUAACUUACUGGAAAGUUUUAGCUCUGGAAAUCAAAUACCAUCCUGACAUCAAAGCAAGCGGUGAGAGCAAUUGAAUUGGGAAAGUUAUGCAAAUUAGACGGCUUGCGGACGGUUGUCAAACUAAAAGAAAGGUUUUACAUGAAAGGAUUACUCACCAUUGCUUGUAACACGUUUUUACGGCAAGGAAAGUCAUUUCCAACUUCUGUUGCGUCGAUUUGAGUCACAAAAUCCAUAAUUUUAAGCCAAAAGGUCCAAAAGACAAACGUACGUUUGCUCAGCGACUGCACCAGAAUCCGGCCGUGAAUCGAAAUAAAGUCACAACACGUCACUGCGGUCCUUUGGAAGCAAGAGUUGCAAGAGUUUUUACUUCAGUCAGGAGGCCAAAAGAUUGAAAAUUCAUCGCAAACUAAUGACUUCGAUUUUGAAAACCUUUCAUCACUUCAAUCGUUCGUCGGCUGAUAAUAAACAUCGCACAAGAUCGUAUGACCUUUGGCGUGUGACCGGAAAUCGGUCACACGCUUAUAUGACGUUAGCAUACUGUCACGAAUUUUAAUACGAUUUUUCACGUUUGCUUUCGACAAAAAAUAGACUCAUCGAAAUAAAAUCAGGCCUGCUUUAUUUGCUUGUUUGUUUUUAAAUUUCUUUUAUAGCCUGCAGAACUUGUUCCCCAUGCAUCGCGCGUGUCUCGCACCCCCAGUCCGCUUCGCAGUGCUAGCAUGAAAAGCGCAAAAAACUGAAAUUGACUCCUGUUCUGCAGUUGAUUUCUUUUAUAGAUACCUUCUAGGCAUUGACAGGCUGUGAAAAAAGUGUAUUUUUUUUUUAUUAUUUUUUUGAAGUGCUACAUCAUUUCCUAUAAAUUUCAAACGUGACUGCUAAAAGACUGUUUGGAACCCAUGGAUGGAGAAAAGCUGUGCCGGAGAGAAGGUCAACCUCCCAGCCGAGCCAACUUUUGCGAGCGUUUGUAUGAGGAACUGACCACUUUGUCCGAGUCAACAGUGCUGGCGCAUGCUGUCUUUGUCUAGCCUUGACCGUGUCGUCCCAGCUAGCUGGGCGAGCCAAAGUGAAGAAAUAUGAGCCGGGCUAGAAGGGUGAGGCCACCACUACCGGCUCAGUGGAGGGCUGACUUCCGGAAGCCCUCAACCCCGCCCACUACUGGUAGUAAGGCGUCUAUCCGAACCAACCUUUUGUUUCUCAUGUAAAUGGUUUACCAAGUUUUGUAAGGAAAUGGAUGAAAAGUUGGCUCGCCCAGGGUAGCUUGGGAGGUGAGUAAACACCAGAUAACCCCAAUAAUAAGCACAAACUUUGAUUGUCAGUUAGAUGUCCACUAUUUUAAGUAAGCGACCUGGCAUGUGAUUGUCGCAUCCAUGCCCCCUUCCAGAUCCCCUUUAUUAUCGGUAAGCCUCUGAUAGGUCAAAGUAAUACAGUCGUACCUCCAGUAAGCGACCACCAAAAAUGCAAAGACUUAAUGGUUUCUAACGGGAGGUGGCCGUUUAGAAGAAUCGCACCACAUGGGGUCUAUUCCGAGAAGAGGUCCGGGCACUUUCUAUUAAAUGGCGGUGUAACAAAUUCCUGGCAAAAUAUUAUCUUUUACCUCUUUUGAAAAAUACAGCUUUUAAAUCAUGCUCAAUUUAAAGAGGGAUUCAGGUGAGUGAGAUAUAGAAUAGUCUAGAAUCACAACAGAAUCUUCACUUUGUUGGCUACAUCUACUAAGUUAGGAUAUGUGUAGUUCCACGAUGUCACUAAAGGUCUUUAUAUUUUCCAAGGAACAUAGUGCACACAGCAAAAAUAGAGAGCAGAGAAUGCGUCAACUGGUCGCUUAUGGAAAACAAUUAACCGUGACGCCAAAAAGUGGUCGCAGUCACUUACAGAAGGUCGUUUACUGGAGGUUCCAAAUAUAAGGCUUUGAAUGGGAAAAUUUGGUCUUUUGGAUUGGCGGUCGCACAUGGAGGUUCGACUGUGUUAGGUCUAUUAGAGUAUGAGCCACCAUCACCUCACUGUGAGUGACGAGUGCCAGGAACGUAUAGUAUACACUCCCUUAGGAUGCACAGAAUCGUUGUUUUGAGGUCCCGUUUAGCGAAAUGGAUCAUUCAAGGGAGGUGCUGAAGUCCCUUAGUGAAAUUUAUAAGGUUUAUGGGUUUUUUAGUGCAAGGCGAAACACAAUAUUUUAGGGCCCUGUUAUUCAAACGUUGAACAACAGGAAAUCACUAUCAAGCAAAUAAGAAGAAGCAAUUGCGUUACUUAUUGGAUAUAGAUUUAUCCAGGGGAAAGCGUUAGUCCCGGGGGCGUUAGUCAACUUUUCGAACAUACAGCCCCUAAGUCACUCUCCUCCGAAGACUUACCCUGGGCGACCAGGAUAGGGGAAUAUAAUACUCGACCUUCCUUGCAUCAUCGCGAGAGCCUAUAGCCUUCACUUUCUUUUGGCUCGUCCUAUAAUCCUACCCAACGUUCGUGGGACAGGAAAGUCUGCGUGCGAGGCUUGGGAAUCUAGGGAGACUAUGGUGGCAUGGUGCAAAUAGCCGGGAUGAGCUACUUUGUCCACACGAACCAAGAGGAUUGUGUCUGCUAGAAGAAAUCAGAUGUAGCUUUCUGUGAUAAGUAAUAUUCCAACAGUAUAGGAUCAUAGUUUGAAGCCAUUUCACAAUCACUAGUUUCCGCCCACCUCUACCGGCGAGUUGUGGACAAAAGCAGCUGAUAGCUGUAUACGAACCUUUUUUCCACAAAAUGGUUUCUGGGUUUUCGUAUUCGACAGUGUCAUGUAUUGAUUUUUUUAAAUCUUAAUCGAGGUCUUUUUUAUUAUGUACUGUCUAUCUGACUGACUGUUUCUUUGUGUUUUUUUUUUUUGGUAAUAACAGGUUUCAUAAUUUGGUCGCGGUUGGGGUUAUAGGCUCCUGAUCGUGAGCAAAUAGCGAAAACCAAAGUAAACUAUAGCGUUGAAUCCGUUGGCCACGGAGAAUUGGUAUUAUUCUGCAAGUUCUUUACUACAGCAAGAGAGUAUGCUCCCUUGACUACGGGACAUUGGGCCGGGGGAACUUAGUAUUUUGACCCGGCAUAGGGGAGGAGGGGAGGGGGAGGGGGUACCCUGGCCAGAUUCCAAGUCACGGGGAUGAUCGAAGUAUGUUUUUUUCUUGGUUUGAAAGUAUUUUGAACAAAAAAAAUUUUUUUUUAGCUGUGGCUUUACUUAAAUAUUCAAAAUAUUCGUUCUUUUUUGGUCUUGAUUCUCGCUUCCACGGGUCACUCACGACACUUGGAAUCCGAGGUACCCCUCCUGUUUAGUACUUCGAAGGCAAAAAAGCUGUUUCCAAGCCUAGUAGGUAAAUAAAAGAAAAAUAAAUAUGCAUGGCUGUUUCUACUGCGAUGAGGGGAGUUCUUGUCAAAAAAUGUGAAAACUGUAUUAAAAUUGCUGACAACAGCUACGAAAAUUUCGUGACAGCAUGCUGACGUGACUGAAGCGUGUGACCAAUUUCCGGUCACACGCCAAAGGUCAUACGAUCUUGUGCGAUGUUUAUUAUCAGCCGACGAACGAUUGAAGUGAUGAAAGGUUUUCAAAAUCGAAGUCAUUUAUAGUUUGCGAUGAGUUUUUAUUCCUUUUGCCUCCUGACUGAAGUAAAAACUCUUGUAACUCUUGCUUCGACGCGUUGGGACUUUCGAUUCACGGCCGGAUUCGGACGCAGUUGCUUAGCAAACGUACGUUUGUCUUUUGGCUAAAAAUUAUUUAUUUUGUGACUCAAAACGACGCAAAAGAAGUUGAAAAUAACUUUCCUUGCCGUAAAAACGUGUUACAAGCAAUGGUGAGUAAUCCUUUCAUCUAAAACCUUUCUUUUUAGUUUGACAACCGUCCGCAAGCCGUCUAAUUUGCAUAAAUUUCCCAAUUCAAUUGCUCUCACCGCUUGCUUUGGUGUCAGGAUGGUAUUUGAUUUCCAGAGCUAAAACUUUCCAGUAAGUUAGUACAAAAGCCAAGGUUCCAUUUUAUAUUGAUUUUAUGAUCAAAUGGCAUAUACCAGAGGCCUUUUUUAAUAGUCAAAGUUGGCCUUCAUUUUCUAGCACGUCUAACGUCACAAAUAUGACCUCUUUACACUUGUCGAUUAUAAAAAUGUAAAGCAUUGUUUAUCAAAUUUUCUUUUAGGAUUUUCAAGAGUAAGAACAAAAUAAUAAUUCGGUGAAGUUUCAAUGUCAGGGAAUGUUUCUUACGCGUUCACCCUUCUCUCGAAGUUGCCAUUGCAUCCAGCCGUGUUUUGUGCGAAAAAGGAGCAUAAAAUCGAUUUUUCAAACUUUUCCUAAUUUCUCCUUUAAAAUGAAUCGUUUGAACCCAAAACUAUUUUUCCUUAAAUAAGGUCACUAAAAGGGAUGUUUUGGCAAAAUAAAAAAAAAUUCGAGUUUUUGACCAGUGUCGUGCGAUUCUCGAUUUUCUCAGAUAAUGGCUCUUAAACCUAUAAUUCUGCAGUUUUUCACAAUUUUGGAAGAGAAUUUGCACUCAUUCAAUAUCCACGACGAUCAAAGCACGCGCUUCCUUUGCACAACAAAUUAUAGCAUGGAAUUAUAAAACGUUUUCUGUUAGAAAAAUCUGGUCCUAUGUGAUAUGCGGGGUAAUAAUUAUGGGGUUUUAAUGAAAACGAUAAAAAAAAAUUCCCAAAAUCACUUUUCGGCCAGCCGGACGGGUUCUCACUUUUGACAGGCACCAAAUUUGCAGUGCGAUUAAUAGGGUUACCAUUUACGCUUCAACAUGAUAGAGAAGUUGUUAUGUUUAGGUUUUAUUUCCCUUUAUUCAUUAAACUGUGAAUGAUUUUGUUAUGUGUAAUCUUUAAAAGCGAGUGAUAUUUACGCGCGGCGUUUUGAGUAUUCCUACAUGCGAUGUUUAUGUUCGACUGGAAACAACCGGUGCAGCGAUGAAAAUUGCGAGAGGGGCUACUAACAAUCAAUAAAAUGAGUUUAAUUCGGUGAAACAUGUACAGAGACAAUAAUUUUCAUUCACGAAGAGAAGUAUUGAUAGUAAAGUGUCUCAGAAAAUCAUGAGUCAGGCAAGCAUAAGCUUAUUUAUGUUUUAAGCCGGCUUCCCGGUGUUCGCUCUUUUUCAAGAUGAACUCGAGGCAAGAAAAUCGCUCAGAGCUUUCUGUUUACAGCCAAAGUCGUAAGGGAUGCACCAUUAGAAAUGUGAAGGGGGGGGGAGUCCAAAAACAAAAAAAAAAAUCCUGCAAAACAAAAUUUUAAGAAAAAAAAAUCCUGCAUUGCAACGAAACCAGAAAAAAAUAUCCUGCUUGGAUAACCAAUGUGACUGCGACAAUAUAUUACACAGUCUGAAAAAUAAAUCUGUGAUCUGUAACAGGAAAUCCCCUUCCCCCAACUUCCUAAAUUCAUGUCAAACUACAUUUCAGGCAGAAAAAACAAUUUCUACUGGCUAAAUAGAGAUUUCAAUUUGAACCAACUCUGAUGCCCUUGAUCUCUAUAGCUGCCAUAGUAUUAAAUUAAGAGACUGUGGUGAUAAUUGUUUAACUUUAUAAAUUAAAUAAACUUUUUAUUGAAAUACUUUUGUUUUAAUGGGAUUAAAGUGAGAUUGUGUUAACAACGUCAAUAGUUCCACUUGCACGCAAGUUUAUGGAGUUGGUGUUGUACAAUAUGCGUUGCUACUUGAAUCCAUAAAGUUUACAGCUAUAAACAAAAGUAGAUGUCCCAAAAACACCAAUCACACUGCAGAUCCCGCUGCAUUUAAAAGUAUUAAGAAUAUUAUUUACCCAAACUAACACAAAAUAUUUUGAAUGCUUUGCAAAACCAUAAAUAGAAAUGGUGCAUUCUAAUAAAAACUUGAACCUAAACAUAUGGGCCACAGACAUAUGGUAGGAUUUAGAGGAAAUGUUCUUCAAGUUCUUCCUCUGUAUCCCAGUCCUCGCCUGAUGAAGACUGACAUGCUGGCUGCAGUUUUACUUCUUCUUUUUCUUCUUCUUCUUCUUCUUCUUCUUCUUCUUCUUCUUCUUCUUCUUCUUCUUCUUCUUCUUCUUCUUCUUCUUCCUUUUCUUUCUGUUUUUCUGUCUCUUGUCUUCCCUCAGGUUCUUUCUCUGUGUUCCAGUCCUUGCAUGAUAAGGACUGAGAUGCUUGCUUUCCUUCUUUCUGUUUCUCUGUUUCUUGUCUUCCCUCAGGUUCUUUCUCUGUGUUCCAGUCCUCGCCUGCUUGAAAUUUCUUCUUUUGUUUUUCUUUAUUUUCCUUUAGAGCAUUCUUCUUCCUCUUUCUUCGCAAUACUUGCUGGCCCACACUACUCCCAAAGCUUGAGCGAUACUUCUCUACAAUAUCUUGGUAUUCUGUGCAAAUCUUGGUAACUUCUUCAACCACUUUCUCUGCCCGUGGUAUCAGUUCUUGGUAGAACUGAUUUGUCUCUUUCAAGCCUGUAAUAAAAUUUAAAAUAUAGGGACUAAUAUUUUUUUCUUUAUUAUGACUAUUGUGCUCUAGUCCUGGGGGUACCCCUCAGAACAUUCUCAAAGCUGACCCUAUCUCAUGGACCAAAAUAUUUGAUAUCCCAAAAUCAUAUUCAAACUUGACCUCCAUUAAAAAAUCUGUACCCUAUUUGAGACUUGGGCACUUUGUUGGCGUUAUACAUACGAAAGGCUUCAUGGUCACAUGCAAUGACUUUUGAAUGGGGAUGGGGGAGCUACUUCUGUUUCCCCUUUUCCAGCUUUCAUACAAAUAUUAUUUUCCCACAAAUGCGAUGAGUCAUUCAACAAAUAAGAGAUGAAAGAAAUGGAGGUUUCUUAAUGCAUGAUUACAAUAUAUCUGCAGCGGAACCAAAACAAUGUAUAAACGAAGUGCCGCCCAAAGGACCAGGAAAAUGUGUUUUUCAACUGUGGUUCUGUUUCAUAAAUUUUUUGCAACUAAAAUAUUUGGCCAGGCUGAAGAACGUUGUUCUUCAUAUCAGGGACUUCUUCACCCACACUUUUUUGGGGAUUUGUUAUACCGAGGUUCCACUGUAUAUCAAAAGUGUAACAUGUGGGUGCAGUAUUUUUAAUAUUAAAUUCUAACCUUCCCUAAUCUGCUUUCCAGUUGAGCCAUCCUUUAAGGUAGCAUCCAUUUCUUGUUUACACUUCAUCAUUUUCGCUUUUGCCAUUCCAAGGGCAUCCUCGCAACCUUCAACAAACUUGCAAAGAUGUUCAUAGUGCGAAUGUCGUGGUGCUGAUGAACUGCUCUUUAGUGCAACAAUUUGCGGGUAUUUCAAUUCAUUUAUUUGUAGCAAGCCAUAAACACUUUGUUUCUUGUAAUAUGGUGUCCACUGAUCAAUAACUGGGCUCUUGGCAAAGGCAAUCAAAAGAUCAUUGCGUUUUGCACGCUCUUUCCUGCACCAGAGUUCACAUUCCCUCAUUGUAUUUGAGUAUUUCAAGCGUUCUGCAGCCAUUGUCAGUACAAACGAAUUUGAAAACAUCUGGGCCGGAUUUAGAGGCUUUUCAUAGUACAGAUUUUUAAACUGACGUUUCAAAGAAUUAGUACUUACGAGUACGUUUCAAGGCCAUCUCUUGUUUGAAAAAAGCCUUUCAUCCCCUUUGGCAAAGCUACAACAGUUGAACUGCUUGAUGGUCUGAAGGCUGUUGGUGAAACUUUCUCUUGUAGGGAUGACUUUCGCGCCUGCUGUUGUUUGUAUUCUCCAUACAUGCGAGUCAGUCGCCUAAAUUCGAUGUGUGACAAUCGUAGUGCCAAGGCAUCUUCCUCCUGAAUAUCUUCAAGGUGGCCUAUCUCACUAAUACCCAUCGUUGUAAAGGCUUGGUAAUAUUUUUCCAAAGAACAACUCUUCAACCACUCAAGAAAAUAGCUUUUUCCCUCUUUGCCCGGACUGGAGGUAUUCUCCACCAUUUUGUUUUGGAGAAAACACUGGCGCACUGGGCCUGGGGACUAUUAAAGGACGACAUCCGCUGACCAAUAAGUCGGUAUUUCAAGAUGGCUGCCAACUUCGGUGUGGCUAAAAAAAGCACCAAGAAUUCAAAAAGGCUGUGGGUUUAAAGCAUGUUUCUGUGUCUCUUUGUAAUACGAGUGCAGAGCAAAGACAUUUAACAUUAGAGGAAUCAAUAGCAACCACUACUAAAUCUGCAAGAGAUGCGCAGAAUAUCCUUGCACUUUCGCGCCUGUUGGAUGAACUGAUAGCCAGGUCUUGCAUGCGUUUCCAGGAAGCAUUUGAAGAAUUUGCUGCCAUCACGGAAACAAUUGAUAAGGUAAAAAGCUCGCCAACAGUUCAAAGAUAGAAUUCUAUCGAAACAUGGUCUACCAGUUAUCAUUGUGAGUAAUGCUGGGCAAAUGUUCGUCAUGCUUUUAGAGAUGCCCUUAAACAAUAUUAAACUGUGCUGCAGUCUAGAUCGUGUCCUUGACGCUGCAAGAGAGGACUCAUCUUGUAACAGUUUUCCAAAUGCAUUAGCCGCGUCCAUUCCAACUCUAAUGAAACUGAUGUCAAAUGCGAGAGAUCGGGCGAUUUUAACAUACGUCCUUGCAAACAUUUUCUCACCAACAACACUGUCUUUGGUGCUUGGGAUGCAGCAACAACGACUGAAAAAUAUCGUGGACGAGGUUACCCGUUUUUCAAGUAAUGUAGAAGCUCAAGAGAGAAACGGGGAAAUCGAAGCAGAGAGACAUCUUGACAAAGUUAUCACUAAAAUAGAAAAAGACUUGGAGAACAGCGAGAGUUUACUGAAACGGAAGAGAGCAAGGUUAGAUGAGGCGGAAAUUGAAAGUAGAGAGUUUGAUAUAGGAGUAAAGAGGGCAAGGCUAGAAAGUCUUUACGAAAAACCAGUGAAAGUCAAGAAAAGAAUUUCAAAGAGGAUCUUUUCCACAUGGAAAGGUACUUUGAUGUCACAAAAGGGCAAGGGCAAGGGAGUGUACAGUAUCGAUCGUGGUGCAGAGCAAGCAAUAAGUGAAUUACUUCAUGAACAGUUGAAGGCCCACAGAAGGAGAUGGGGUGAGGAGGACACAGGCUAUCUUGAUUAUGAAAAGAGGAUCCAGUCUAAAGAGAUGCGUCAGAUUGCAAAUCAGUACCUAGUAAAGCAUGGAAAGAAGCCAGUAAAGAGCAAAGCAACAGUACGAUCAUGGGGUAAAUGCAGGAACAAGCGCUACCGUCAAGCGCAGCAACACAGAGGCUGCAAUCUUUGGGCCCAUCUUCGUACACAAAAGAAACAUCGUGAAAGGCAUGUCAAUGUACAUUAUAAUCGAGCCCACAUAAAAAAUUACACGCGAUUUGCAUUUGGAACACAUGAUGGAGCUGACAAGAAGGGACUUGUGAUAAGGCGAGCAAUAGACGACAAAGCAUAUGUCCGGUGUGGAACCUCAGAAGGUUUUUCUAGGCCACUACACACUCCCACUCAGCUGACUGGAGAUGACAAUCAGGUGACACUUCCAUCAUCAGAUUAUCCUGACACUGUUGGAUAUGUCAGUCCAGGGUGGUCCUUAUGGUGAACAACAUGAAGGAAUUACAACAUAAAGGACGUGACAAAUUUGUACCCACUGAUUUGUCAAUUGGUGUCAUUUGCAAACCGAAGCAUGUCUACCCAAGCACAGCUACAAAUUGGGCCAAUGAUUUGUUUUCCAUCCGAUAUACCUUCAGAAGUGAACACGAAGUGCCCAUGAAUUCAGUGGCUGAUGCGAAUGCCAAUUUCCUACCAGAUGAAGCUUUGCCUUAUCUUAUUGGCGUAAGAGACUCAAUAUUUCAGUUUGAAUUGAUGUCAUUGAAAGAUGACUAUGAACGAGUGGUCGAAGGAGGAGAUCAUCUGUCCAGAGAACAGCUCCGAGUUACAGUCCUUCUUAAAAGACUUGAUAUAUGCAUGACAUCUGUUGCAGCCUACGAAAGAUAUCCCUUGACUGGCAAAUUAACAAAAGAUUUGGAGCUGCUGAAAGAACAACUGGAGAAGAUAGGAGGUGAGAGGGGGGCUUAAUAGAGGAUUUAAAGUUAUUUGAUUUUGAAUGGUCACCUGAUUUUUAUGAUACAACAUUCUGAAACAUGUUUUUAAAACCUUUUCUGUUUGAAUUCCCAUUGCGUCAUUCUGCUAUAAUAUGAAAACGGCACUAUACCAUUUUAUAGUGACUGACUUUAUAGCGUGUAAUGUUCACCUGAUUCAAAGCCCUGUAUAUGUAUACAGUAAAUGUGUGCCCUACAAGUUAAAAAAAAAUCAUAAUAGCAUAAACAUGUAUAAACUUGAUGCACUGGUUUGGUUCUAUAGAUCAAAGGCUCUUUAAUAGUUGAUAAAUUAAUUCCAUUUGACAUAAUCCCUGUUCUGUUUAAGCAAUGCUCUCGGAUAACAAGGGACAGGACUACUGUGAUAUCAGUAGUUACUAUGAAAGUGCCUGCGAACUGUGCAGGGGGAUUCGACACAGACUGGAGGAAAAUGGUCUUCCAAAUCACAGGUUAGAAGUGAAUUAAUAUUGUAAAUUUGAAAUAACUGAACAUAUUGUGAACAAUUUUGUCACUGAAACUCCAUACAAUACAUUGUAUGAUAUAAACAGCCAACUCUGUGCAGCGGACUUUAUUUUUGUCCCAACCCACCAGCUUGUAAACUGCUACUUUGAAACCAAGAGCUGUUCCUACAAUGACCACUUUUAACAUUGGCCUGUACAUUCAGUAUCAGGCAUGGCCGUUUUAAAGCAGUUUGACUGUGUUGCAUUAAUAUUAUGUGCCACUGACCUGUUAGAUUUAUUAUGCAUUUCAUUUUUGUUUUAUAGCAUUUCGUCUGUUGUUUGAUUCUUUUCUCUCCUAUAUAAAAAAAGGAUUGGCUUGAGUUUUAUAAUGUAUCUGUUUUUAUAGGCCAUUUGAUAUUCAGACCUCUGAUGCUGGCCCGGGAGUUGCGAGUCAUGAGCAAAUGACACAACUUCGAAUGGCAGAGUACUUCAUGAUAAAUUGCCUUGAUUUACAGAGCAGAUUCCAUUACGCCCCCAAUGACUCUGCAUCACAUAUAGCUGAAAAGGUAAUGCGUUCUCUAAAUGAAUGCCUUGGAGAUGGGAGGUCCAUACCUGUCCCCUUUCUGCCUUUAUGUGAUGAUCAGGGAAGAAUCAAACUAAAGGAUAUCAGCAAUGAACAGCUAAAAACCUGCAAGCUGAAAAGGAAAGAGACACUGCAAUAGAAUGUGCACGAGUCAUUACGAAUCGCUUUGAUGGAAAAAGUUCUAUGGGCACAUCUAUUCAUGCAAGCACCCCUUGUUAUGAAAGCCACUUGCAGUUUUUUUUUGACGAAAAGUUUAUGAUCAAAUGUGCAAGUGCGAGUUCCGAAACUGUACUUGAGAAGUGUGCUGGGAAGGAGUACUACAAGUUUGUCAGGGACUUCUUUCGUGACCAUUAUUUCCUGUUUGAUAAUGGGUUUGAGGGGAUCAGAAAUGGCUGUCGGAAUAGUGGCAAGGUCUGCGAAUAUCAUGCGAGGUAUGAAAAUCCAUCUCUUUUGACAAAUGGCUUUAGAGGUGUCCCCGUGACUCGAGUGCAACCACCAGUUCCAGACUACUCCUUCACUGGAGGCGAAUUUCACUAUGCCUUUCCUCAGCAAAUUUCAUCAGGAGAAUUAACAGCGAAAUUUGACCUCAACAAAGAUGAGCUGAGGAAUGCCGCUACCAGAAAAAUAGAUGAGUUCUGCCCUCGAGCACAGUUAAACCACUAUAUGCAAUCCUAUGGCACACCAGAUUUACAAAUGGCUGAAGUACAUCCACAAGAAUCCCUUUCUGUUACCGUAGUAGAUAGGAAUGAUGUGCUUGGAAAAAUGUUAUCAAAUGUUGACUACUUUGUUCAGACAUAUACUGGGGAAGACCUUAGGACAUCAGUGGUGAAGGAAAUUAAACGACGCCACAACGCCAUGGUCAAGGCAUUUAUUGUAAAGAAAACCAAUGCUAGUACGAGGGCAGCCGAGAAGGCUCGUACAUAUGAUGACUUUGAUUGGGAGAAACUAAUACAGACAAGUCAACUAACUGGCCUGUACGUUUCACAGCUUGACCUCUAUCUGAUCAAGAACUUGAAGCUACCAAAAUCACAAUGCGAGAAGAAGGGGUUCAAAAGAGAAAAAGAUUGAAGCGAUCAAGAAGCACUACUAUGCAUCUACUGGUCCUCCAAUAUCAGGAGCUUCAGUUGGAAGCCCAUCAGUCCCACGCACUUCUAACAAUAAAAGUCAAGAAUUAACUAAUACAGUGGUCGUCACAUUACCAGAUUCACUGAAGAAUGAAUUUGCCUCAAACAUGCUGAAUGUUCCUCCUUGGGGUGGAAAGAUAAAUUUGCCAUACAUAGGACAAAUCACCCUGGUGAACACCUGCCCGAUUGACAAUUUUCUUACUAUUUUUAUACAUUAAUGAAAAACCACAGAAAGGCUUUUCAGGAAAUUUCCAGCUCAGUAGAAGUGUAUGCAAGUUACCUGAUUAAGAUUUACAAGUUAUUUGACAGAGGUAAUUUUGUGGAGGGAAAUUAGAGUGGCUCAAGCUGUUUCCAGGACGCUUUCAAACAACACCACUAAUAGACCUGUGGGGAAAUGAGGAAGACCUCUUUGUGUCUAGACUUUAUUCAUCUUCUCAGACAACCUUCAUCAGUACAUGUGACUCUUCAGCCUGCCCUGUUAGAGUGAAGCAGUGUCAUGCUAAUGCAAUAGCUUUGAGGUAUGUUAUUUAAAGUAAAUUCUCUGAUCUUAAUUUGAUAUUAAAUCAAGAUUUUCAAGGCAAAAGUAAUCACUUCACCAUCAUGCUUACGAAAUUUACUUUGUGCUUGUGUGUGAAAUGUGUGUGGGUAUGUAUUAAUAUAUUACAUCUUGAACCAAACCAGAAAAUUCAUUUUCUUUUGGGCAUCCAUUAAUGUAAUAUUUUAUUUCUGUUUUUUAUUACCCAGAGUAUACAUACAUAUACAUUCAAAUUGAGUGAGAAAUAUCCGCGUUUUUUAUUGUUGUAUCAAUAGCCAUGUAGGAUUUCCAGUACCUGCAUUUCUUGAAGAAUCAUUGCGGCAGUGGAUGAACACAGACCAGCAACAGUCCACGUGUGGACUUACGAUGCAUCAUGUUCCCCCUGGAGCAAACUACUUCAUUUCCAACUGCUAUGUGCAAGAUCCAGGCACAGGCCAACUCAUGUAUGUCUUUCAUUUUUACAUGUACAUAUCUGUCACGUUACUUGUUUUAUAAACUUUACCUGGUUCUUUUUUUUCCCUGCUUUUCCAAUGCUUCUUAUGUACAGUGAUUGCACACUUUCCAGCUACAAUUACAUGUAUACUAAUUGUCAACUAUUACGUCAUAUUUUAGUCAGACCCCGAAAGCAUAUUGUGGUGGCUUGAGGAGCAACACAAGGAGGGCAUUUGUAAGAGGAAAUCCCCCAUUCCUACUGUUGUCACUUGACAUAUUUGCCAGGCAGGGCACCAUAACUGAUGUCACUCACCUUCCACAGAUAAUUCAAGUUUCAAGUGACAGGUAUGUUUCUGAGGUUGUGACGGACAUUGUUGGCCAUUUCCUUGUAAUAGCCAUAUGAGACUCACAAGUCAUAUUUCCAAUGAAAUAAACUAUUUUUACUUUCAAAACCUGUAGUUAUUCCCUCUUUGGUCUCACAUUUUGGAAUGGAAACCACUACAGGGGUGCUGUAACCAUUCAAGAUCAAUGGCACUACUAUGAUGGAAUGUGGGAGCGCCAAUGCCAAGGUCAUGGCCUCAAGAAGUGUGUCAACAAACCAUCCACUCCUGCUGGCUUCUAUAUUUCACAUUCAGUGUAUGUCAAGAUUUCGCUGCUGUGAGCCUUUCCCUGGAGAUUCUUUAUACUCAGGUUGGAAGUUCCAUGUCCUGUGAACAGUCCCAUUUUAUUCAAGAAAAUAUAUUUAUUUUUAUAUACAUGUAUACGUAGCCUCUGUGCACCCUUCCCCCUCUCCUGCCUCAGAGCUUGUUUGAAGCAUUGUGUACGGUAUAUUAAACAUUUGCUCCACCAAAUAUCAAUGUUCAAGUUUUUGAUGUGCAGAGACUUGGAACGGAAAAUGUACAUGUACAAUAAAAGGGGACUGUUCAACUAUUAUUCCUAGAAAUGUACAAACUUCUCAUUCAAAGCGAGGACACAACAUACAUUUCACAAAUUACUAUUUUAAAGGCUAUGUUCUAUUUGUAUUAACUCUUUUUGGUUGGUUGGAAUUUUUGUUUACUUUGGGUAAAACACCGUUUGAUCUGCUUGUGUAGCUGUUUCAACUGCCACUGAACUCAGUUCGGACGUUUGAACGUAUAGAUUACUUCAUGGGCAGCGCGGGCGUACGGUAUUUACGCACGAGUUGGUUCGCAUCAGAAAUUGAACGAGCAAGGCUUUGCGAGUGAGAUCCAGAAAGCGAGAGAGAUUUAUCUGACAUACAAUGCGAAAAAAGUCCAUGUCUAACACUGCACGUGUUUAGGUGUCCUAUUACAUUAUGUACUAAACAUCUGUGACUGGACGAAACGCUUUUUUUUUCACGUGUGUGAAAGUCGUUUCGCCAUUCUGAUUGGCUGCGAACCCUGAACAGGGUUUUCACACGCCAAAUUUCAAUAGAAAAUCUCAAUUAGUAUGAAAAAAUAUACUUAAAACAAACGUGUUCUGUUGGAACACUACAACAAAAAACAUUUGCGCGGUUGAAACAGUCUAGUAAAACAAGACCAAAAGAGGGCAUAGUCAUUUUGGAAAAAAAAAAUCGUGCAAGGGUUUGAAGGUUGAAAAAAAAAUCCUGCACUCCUGCUGGUUGUGAAAAAAAUAACAUGCCUUUCCAGAAAGUCCUACCCCCCCCUUCACAUUUCUAAUGGUGCAUCCCUAAGUAAAUAAUCUUCGGGACCUUUUCUUUGAAUUUGCGGGCCAAAAAAUGUCUAAAGGCUUUUUAAACCUGAUACUAUUGUAGGUUAGAUCAUUGCUCGUGUUUUAAUUUAAGCCGCAUAAACCAUACGCUCGAAAAAAAAAACAAACAUCAAAGACAAUAAUGGCUCAAGCUUACCAGUCGAGAUGCUGCUUCUGAAGGUCAUCAAGUGUUCCAGAAUCGCUUGAGACUUUUCAACCUUCUUACGCCUCAAGCAAGGGCAAGCGAGUAAGCUCAUUUCUGAAAACGAUGCCAUCCGAAAUCGGAUUUCCAAUGACUUUGACAAGCGGUGCAUUUGUCAACAAAAAGCGCAAUAAACAAACCAGCCACGAAUUACAGAACAAUCUUGAUAGCAGCUGUUUUUCAUUUUGUACACCAAGUAGAAAAAGACAGUUUAAAACAUCACAAGAUGAGACAAAACUCUCUCAGCUCCAGCUAUCAGUAAGCAAGUUUCCAGACGCUGCAAAAAUUUUCCGCAUAAACUCACCUGUCAAAUUUUGACCAAUCACAACAUAAAAGUUGGACGUAGAGCGUGAUCAACGCGUGACAGUGAGAAAAGUCAGAAGCGAUUGCCUUCCCUGCAUGUAAAUGUAAAAGCCGGUUGAAUUUUCGUGUCCGAGAUCAGUUCGAAAUCAACAUUUUAAAAGAGUGGCUCUUGAAACACGACUUAUUUCAUAUGCACUUUAAAAAAAUUGAACUUGAGCCUGCGAUCAUUUGAAAAGUAGCAACUUGUCAGCGAAUACCUUCAAAAUAUUACUCGAACUCAGAGGGUCGAUACCUGAGCCCGCGAUACGGUCAGGCGAUACUGGUCAGCAGAAACACUGUUUUGACAGCUGUCAAUUAAUCAAAACAUGGAUGUACAAUAUCAGGUUGCAGGCUCCCAAACUAGCUAGAAAGUGUGAGAUUAAACAUUGGUAUGCCUGUGGUGCGGACGGACGGAAGGUCGGGUGGUCGGUGUACGGUCACGUGAUUGCCGAAUUUUCUAGGAUGGAUAGAUUUCCUAUAAAGCUAUGGGGCUUCGAAUUGAGCCCGUGAUCAAAUAAAAUAUCAGCGCAAAACUUUAAACACUACGUGACCUCAAUAGAUAGAAAAAUGAGCCCGCGAUCCACUCAGGUGAUGAUGGUCAGCGUAUACUCUAGUUUGACAGCUGUCAAUUAACCUUCAUUAGAAUGGCGAAUAUUCGGAUUAACAGACUACGAGUGUGAGUAGGACAUUUCCGUCCGGCAUGUAGUGGAAAAUGCCAGAUCGUGUACCUGAGCGAACCUGAGCCCUCGUUAUCAGUUUUCUGAAAGCGGUCUGCACAUGUCCCAUUUUGACAGCUGUCAAUUGUCCUUAAUUUGGCUUGCCAAUGUAACUUUAAACGACUGUCACCCAACUGACAGCCUUGCCCGCCGUAGUUUCGUUUUUAUUUUGAAUUGGUAAGUGUGACAUAUUAUAUCAGCUUAUAUAUAGGGGCAAAACCACUAGCCUUUUAUCUGAGCCCGCGAGACGGUCAUGUGAUAAUUGUCAGCGGAUGUCUGAUUUUGACAGCUGUCAAUCUAAUCGUACUCAUACGGAUGGCUUACAUAACGGAGAGGCUAGUCAAGUUGUGCAAGAUCUAUUGUGACAUUUGACAUCGGCUUUCAUGAAGUGUGUGUACGGACGGGCGUACGCUACGUCAUAACCAAAUUUUCUGGGAUGGAUAGUUUACCAAAUUUUCUUACCCAUGGUGCUCCGCUGCGCGCGCGCUUCGCGCGCGCGGGAGCUCCGCUAUUAAUCAAUUUAUUUGUCGCGUUUUAUAAUUUAUCUCUGUUAAGUUAUUUAAAAUUGUUUAUAGCGGGGCUCCCACGCGCGCUUCGCGCGCGUGGGACAGAGCCCCAUACCCAUAGAUUAUGGUCAACCUCUUUUCUUUUGGUUGUACGGGUGCGGAUUGUACGGGUGGGGUAGGGGAGACUAUCAAAAGGAAGGGAGGGGUGUCUCAGGCGUGUCUUGCCAAGUCCACAUCUUUUACAUUGGACAUUCAGAAUAUGGUCAAUUGACAGCUGUCAAAACAGGAUAGCCACUGUCCAGUAUCCCAAGACCAUAUCGCGGGCUCAUGUGUCAGCUCAUUGAGGUGACGUGAUUUAUUUAGAAGCUGUCCGCUGACCAGUUAAUUAUUUUACUAGAUCGCGAUCAAUGUUCAGUCUCAUACUUUCUAGCUAGUUUGGAAUCGGAGCACAGGAAAACUGAUACACGUCAAUAUUGUGAUCCAUUGACAGCUGUCAAAACAAGGUAUCCGCUGACCAGCAUCACUUGGCUGUAUCGCGGGCUCAGGUGUCAACCCAUCGAGGUCAAGUGUUUUUUUGAAGUUAUCCGCUGACAAGGUACUGGUUUUCUAAUCAUCGCAGGCUCAAGUUAAUUUUGUUAAAAAUUCAUAUGAAAUAUGUUGUGUUUAUGUGCCGCACAAUUAAAAUUUUGAUUUCAAACUGACCUCGGACGCGAAAAUUCAGCCAGCUGCUACAGGCAGGGAAGACUGUUGCUUUUGACUUUUCUCGCCAUGUUCACUCGUUGUUCACGCUCUCCGUCCAAUUUUUAUGCUCUGAUUGGUCAAAAUUUCACAGGUGAGUUCAUGCGGAAAAUUUAUGCAGCAUCUUGUUUACUUUGACAGCUGAAGCUGACAGAGUUUUGUGUCAACUUGUGAUGUUUUUAACUUUCUUUUUCCACUGGAUGUACAAAAUGAAAUUUAGCUGCUAUCAGGAGUCUUCUGUUAUUCAUGGCUAGUUUGUUUAUUGGGUUUUUGGUUUAGUCCGGAUGGCAUCGUUUUCGUUUUCAUCUCCCUUAAUGCGUAAGAGGGUUGCAAAGUCUGAAGCGAUACUGGCCUUACUUGAUACCUUUCAGGAGCUGCAUCUCGAGUGGUAAGCCUAAGUAAUUAUUGUAUUUAAUGUUUGUUUUUUAUUCUUAAUUUAACGAAGUCGAGCGUAGUUUAUGCGGCUAUUUUGUUUACUCACGUUUGUAAGAUUUGAGACAAUGAUCUGACCGAGUAUCAGGUUUGCUAUAAGCUUACAGAUCUUUAAAAAGCCUUUAGACAUUUUCUCACGGCAAAUACUAGGAAAGAAAACGUUUCAAGGAAUAUUUAGUUAUAAUUCUGGCUGUAAAAGAAAGGUUUGAGCGAUUUCCUUGCCUCGAGUUACGUUCGAGUUCGUCUUUGAAAAAAGCAAACACCGGGAAGCCGGCUUAAAACAUAAACUUCAGCUUUAAGCUCGAAGACUCAGGAUUGUUAGAGACACUUUAAUACUUGUCUUCCUGAAUGAAAAUUGUCGUCUCUGUAUAUGUUUCACCGAAUCAUAUUUCUUUUGUUGAUUGUUAGUACUCUCUCUUGUAAUUUUAAUCGUUGUGCCGAUUGUUUUGAGUCGUUCAGUAAACAACGCUUCCCGGAGUGCUCAAAAUGCCGCGCGUUAAACCGUUUUAAAAUAAAAAAUAAACAUAAUAAAUUCUUUAUUAUGUUGGCGCGUAACUCUGUUAAUGUUCAUUCAAACACUCGCCACUGCUAGCACUGUAAAAGUCAGAACCGGCUGGCCGUAUAGCUAGAUGAUUUUGAAAAUUUUUUUAACGGUUUACGGCUAAAACCCACGCGUGCUUCGAUCGUCCUGAAUAGCAAUUUGUAUCGCAAUAUUGUGAAAUACUGCAUUCUGUUGUCCGAGGUCUGUAUGAUAAAAACAGUACCUCAUAAUACUGUUUCACCUCAGAUGUGAUGUAUAAAUGAUAUAAAAGGUUGGUUUACACGCACCCAGAUUUGUUGGCAAGAUUUUGUAAAAUAAACUCGUCGAACGCAAAAAAUUCGGCCGGAAUUUUUUUUCCAGGCCUAAUCAAUCUACGGUGAUCAAGAGCCAUUAUGGCUCUAAAUAAAAGUGAUCGAAGAUGAUUGCCAGUUUUUGGGUGUACUUAUGAGGCUAUCAACUCGAUGUGAGAUUUGGUUCACUCUUGGGCUGUUUGCAAAUUAUUUUUUGUAAAAUCACUUAGCCUUUCCCUGAAAAGUCACACGAAUGUGCUCUAAAGUGAACUGAAUUGUGGAAUACAAGUUUAUUGUUUGAUUUAAAUUAUAAAUUUAUUAAUGGGAGCCUCGCUUUUAGCCCUGGCUAAAUCUAUAUAUUAUAAUAUUUCUCCGUCAAUCAGUUUGCCUCACCUGUUUAUUUUUCACAACCUGUCAGCGCUGACCAAAUUUGGAAGAUACUUAACAAUUAUUCGCCGAAGGCGAAGUUAAUACUGUUGAAUAAUCCCCGAGACGAAGUCGAGGGGAUUAUUCAACAAUAUUAACUGAGCCUGAGGUGACUAAUUGUUUUAGUAUAUUCACACGAAGUGAUCUCAACAGAAUCUGAAAGGAAACCAUUGAAAAACCAUUAGUUUGAUUGACAGGUGAAUUCAUGCGUGAACACGAAACCGUAAACAGUGAGCGGAGCGCUUCUAUAAUAUAUAACACGUUUAGCAUUUCCAUCCGUAGAGAGAAAGAUAUCCUAUCUUUUCGUCGCACUAAGUCAAUGUAAAUGUACUACACAGCAUCAGGCAGGGGGAGCACUAACGAAAUCGAGUAAUAUUGAACUAUAGAUAUUUAAUCGUUUUUUCCUGUGUAUUUGCAACGAGGUCGACCGCAGACUUUAAUAUGUUUCUUUUUAGACGGCACUGAAUUAUUUUUCCGAAACCAAAGCCGUACAUUUUGUUAGACACCUGUUCUUUAUCGGCUACAUUGGCUGCCUGUGUCUUUUAGGAUUGAAUACAAAGUGCUAAUUUUAACCUAUAAGGCAAUACAUGGCUAUGCUCCACUAUAUAUUUCAGAUUUAAUUAGAACUGGGGAACGAACAAAUUAUAAUUUAAGAUCAUCGUCACAGCUACUACUAGACAGAGCAUUUCAAGUUGCGUCUCCGGGACUGUGGAACGGUCUCCCAAAUGACAUUAGAAAUGCUAAGACAAUGGACGUUUUUAAGUCCUUAGUGAAAACUCAUCUUUUUAGGAAAGCGUAUGCUUGUUAUUUUUUUUUAGAAUUUUACAUUUUUGACUCUGUGUAAUUUUUAGUUUAUUUAUUAGAUAUGGACUGGAUAGUUUUACUAUAUUAGAUUUAUUAUUUUAUUAUUAUUUUAAUGUAACUUGUAAGGCGCAUUUGAAUAUAUUCAUAUAGAUAUUUGCGCCGAAUAAGUAAUAAAUUAUUAUUAUUAUUUUCAUUAAUCAUAUUUCUCGCCCUAGGAUGAUGACAUGAUUGCGUGAAAAUUGACGCCUCUAUCACAUUAGAUGCGAAAUACGAUCAGAGAUUUUAUAGGAAAAUCCAUUACCUGACGAGAGAAUUCUACCUUAAAUUGCACGCGAAAAGCGAUAUCGCACAAAUCGCGAAGCGAUGAGGGCGAUAACGGUUCUAAAGUGCAAUUUAACGUGGAAUUCACGAGUCAGGUAAGGGAUUUUCCUUGAAUCGCAUAAUUGAAUAAAAAUGAGAAAAAAAAAGAAAACAGCAAAAAUAUUGUUUGAUUUUAUCCUGAGCGAGCGCUCCAGAAAGCCAUUUCAAAGUCAACUGUCAGAACUGUCAUUGCGUUAGCGAAUAGGAAGCAAGGUCAGUCGUACACGUUUGAACCUUCGACAACUUUUUUUGUACCUUGUGCUUGUUUUACAUUUAACUUUUUGACAUGUAAACAAGCUUCACACUAAUCGCAAGGAUAAGUAGAGGUAUUUCACUAGAUUUGCAAGUCGUUUAUCUAUAACAUCUUUUUUGAAAUCGGUCAUUUGCUCGAGAAGGAAAUAAUUUACACCUUUUACCUCUUCGGUGGCAAAACUGAAAGAAAUAAAGUGUCCAAUCGAAAGCACUGAAAGGUUGACGUCGCGAUUGAUAUAAGGUAAGCACCUUGAAAUGUUUUAGAAAUGCUGUUCAAGUUCAGCUCUGUUUUGUACUUUUCUAAGUACCACGAUUCAGGACGAUUGCAAGCGGCGUACUCUUUUUCGUGUCAGUUUUAGGGGCCAUGUCGUCUUUGAAGGUAUUUAUUUCUUCUUCUGUAUAUGUGACAAUCGACCCUGGUACUUCCUCCGUUAUCGCUUCUCUGUUUUGUUUGGUUGAACUUUGGCUUGCCACUUUCUGGGCCGUGUUCACAUGCUUUUCUUGUUUUCUCGUUGUCGCGAGCGAAAGAGGUUUUUUAUGCCUCUCGUAGAAUUUGUAGUUCACUUCAAAACAAGGAAGAACCUCCGGCUCACUUUAAAAACGCUUUUGUUUAUUUUAACUCUUCAAAAGGUGACAAUGGUUUUGAAAACAUUUUAAAAUGACAUUGUAGAAAACCUUUUUUGCAGUUGUUGUGUUAUAAUUCGACGAUAGUUGUUAUGCACAUGCGAAACAAUAUCGCUUAGCCUCGUUUUCAACUCGCAAUUCCACACUAAAUACCUCGCUUCCUUAACCAAUCAGAAUGCGAGAUUUUACUCAAUUAUGCGAUUCUAAAUGGAAUAGGGAAUGUUGCAGGCUACUGGGUAUCCUGCUGAGAUAGCUGACUUUUACUCAGCAAUCGCAGCUGGAUACCGAAGGGUUUUUUUGGUUGCUAAGAAAGUGCGGCUCGUCAUGUAGUUAUAGCUUGUUAGAGUUGCUAUUUUUAAACAGUAAAAGUACUGGAACAAAAGCUAGCUACGUUUGGUAGAUCAGCAAAACAGCAUUUAUGUACGAUAUUUUACAAUAUGAAUGAAAUUGCAAGGCCAGCUGGCUCGAAUAUUUCGAAUUUGCAAGUCAGUAAAACCUUUCAUAUUCCAAACUCAGCUAUUGCCACUAUUUAACCAGCAACAGACUUAAAUGAACGUUAUAUUCGCAAAUACAUAUAGGUAAAAUGCAAUUAAAACGAGGUACAUUUGUAAAAAGGUGCUAAUGUGAACGGAUGCGUGCAGAAUAAAAAGAAAGCUUAAAUUAAACGACAAACUAAGUUAAUAGCCAUUAUUCUGAAAACUAAUGAUUUUUUUUCUAAAAGUCAACAAUUGAAGUAAAACGUGAAAAGAGUCAGUGGCAAAUAGUUUUGACAGCUGUAAACACUGUUGGCUUUUUCUCAGAGAAUUAUACCCGUUAACGAACACUAAGUAAUCGAACAAGUACAAUAAAAUGGCACGAGCCUUUUUGAGGAGCUAAAACCUCUUUAUGCGAAUUCAGUAUGAAUUACUGAAAACAACGUCAAAGCGAACAUUUGAAAGCUGUAUACGAAAUUCGAGGCAAAUAAAGAAUUCAUGGAAAAAUCUCUCCUUACAUUUUGAUCGGAUAUUUAUCAAACCUUUAUUAACUUUCCAUAUAUCUUUAAAAUCGGGGAGAUUCAGAGUCCUGUGACACGCCAGUCGACAUCCAAACAACAAAUAUCAUUGUUUUUCUUGGUCUUGUUCAAAGUUUCAGUGCUUGAACAUUUCCCAUAGGACCGUUUGUUCUUGCUACGUCAUGAAGGUGGGCAAUUUCCAAUGCAAAUUUCAUCAGUUUGAUCUAACUGAACAUUUUCCUUUAUGAUAGCCCCCAACAAGAAACCAAAACAAAACAGCAGCAUUUGCUAUCAAAAAACGACAUUUACAGCUGGAACAAGACUCGCCUUCACCGACGAACCACCAUCAGCCAAAAGACACUUUCUGGGGUGUGUGUCCGUUAAUUUACUCUAUUCAGAACUGACUUGUUUCCACACUGCCUCGGGCAUCAUUUUAGUAGAAAUAGAACACCAACAACUCUUUUGACAGAGUUUAUCUUAAAAUAUAGUGUAUUCAUUAUCAUUUUACAGCACCUGCGAUUUGGUGAAACUAAACACUAGUUUUAAAUACUUGGGUAUUUUGUUAAUCGUAAAUAUUUUGGCGACAAGCAUAAUUGACAUAGCGGAUUAUAAUGUAUGCAUAAACAUUAUCGACUGUUGUGAAAGGGUGAAAUUAUUCACCUGGUGCUUCAAUGCAUCCGUGUCGAGACAGACAACGCCAUUUCGCGCACUACGUAGUUUCUAACACAGAGUCAGAGGAAAUAAGAUGGAAAACAACUCGGUCACCAGAAGCUCUACCAACACUUCUACAUCCCCUACGAUGACGGACACUCCAUCCAAAGAACAAGGAAUAGCAGUGGUUACCGCCUUUAUGUUUGAAAGUGGUCUAAUUGUCAUGGGAAACGUCCUGACAUUAAUUCUCUUUGCACGGGAAAAGAAGCAUCGCAAGAAAAGUCUGUUCUUAGUUAUGAACAUGGCCCUCGCUGAUGUGAUGUUAGGAGCGGUGUCUCUGCCUUUGUGGGUUUAUUUUCUCAUAGGACCCUACUAUCUGUUGUGGACUGCAAAGACAAACACCGCCAUGGUUUAUUCUUUUUAUUUUUUUGAUACUACCUUGUCGCAGUCCUCGCUAAUUUCAGCAGUUUUUAUAUCCUGUGAAAGAUUUUAUGCUGUCUAUUGGCCACUUAAACACAAAACAUUGUCAACACGAGCGUAUGGCAUUGCUAUUUUUGUGGUCUGGUCUCUGGCUAUCCUUGUUUCAACUGUCUAUCUCUUUUCUCUCUACCAAGAGUCAUAUAAAGCAGCUGUCUUGUCUUGGAUGUCAUUCCCCUUGAGUUUCCUGUUCAUCGUUUGUGCAUGUAACAUCGGUAUAUGGAGAAAAGUUCGAAAGAGAAAUAACGCUUUACAACAGCAAAACCGAGCAGCAUGCCGAAACCAACGCUUGACAAAAACUUUGCUGUUUGUAUCCGCCAUUUCUGUUCUUUCCUGGCUUCCUUUAGUCAUUGUUAACUAUCUGAUUGCUAUCCAGCGGUUUGGUAUUGCAAAAUUGUUUAUAGGUAUCAUAAAUAUUCUUAAUCUUUCCAACUCCUUUUUAAAUCCACUUGUCUAUGCAUUAAGAAUUCCUGAGUUUAGGCAAACACUUAUUUUGUGUUGUUCCCGACGCCAGGCCGUAAUAAAUAGGCCGCGUAAAGAAAGAAAGGAA